AAUGUCAAAUAAAAAAUGUGAUUUGAUUUUGAUUGUUUGAAUUUUGAUUCCCUCCCAUCCUCCCAUCGUCGUCGUCCCAUAUUCCUGCUAAUCCUGCUCCUGAUUUGCUGAUAGUGCUGAUAGUCCUGAUUUUAGAUAUCAAAAUAUAGAUUAUAGAGAAUAAUAAUCACCUAUAAUAAAUUGAUUCUUCAGGACAAUUUCGGAAUUAUCUAUUUUAUAGGUACUUGUAGUGUGGAAAUGGAACCACCAGGAAUUGAAAGUGGAUUAGAGUUUCCAAAAAAUCCGUUGUUGUGUCCCAUUUGCCAUGAUUAUUUCACAGAACCCUGCAUUUUGAGUUGUUAUCACACUUUUUGUGCAAGAUGUCUGAGGGGAAGAGAACAGGAUCGUCGCUUGAUUUGCCCUUUUUGCAGGCAGCCCACACUUUUAAAGGAUGGAACUACAUUACCUACACCAGAUUUAUUAAUGCGACAGUUGAUUGACAUAGCUAAUAGUGAAAAUCCACCAUGUUCCAAUUGUGAUAAACGUGAUAGAUCCAACAUGUUUUACUGCAAUACCUGUGGUAUUACUGAAAUUCUUAUAUUAUUCAAGUUUUCUGUUAUUUAG